CCCCCAGAGGCUCCGGCAGCGGGAGCCGCUCCUCUCUCCGUGUCGCUCCUGGUGUCCCACGAACAUGGUGCUGCUGGGGGCUCUGCUGCUGCUCUGCCUGCCCGCUCUGCACAGCCACCUGCGGCUUCCUUUGGCACAUGCCCUUGAGCAGAAGCAUCUCUCCUUAGACAAAGCCGUGGAGUUCAAGGACCUGAAAGGGGCUGGUGCCGCUCAGCUGGAGACCAGCACGGCAGAUCCCCCCGGUGCUCUGCCUGAAGCUGCUCCAACCCCGCUGCACACCGACGUGGGGGAUUCGACCGCCGACACCUGGGAGGAGAUCCACGGACCCACAUCGCCGCUCCCCAUCCCAACCCCAACGCCGGGCAGCAGCAGAGACCCAAGCCCGGGGCAAGUUAGCUCUUCUGAAGAGGAAGAUGAGGGUGAAGAUCAAACCUGUGACAAAGCCCGGAAGAAAAGCCACAGGCUAGCAAAAGGGUUGAUGAAAUUCAGCUUUGAUCUCCUCAGAGAGGUCCAGCUGGAGUCCAGUGGCGACAACGUGAUCCUGUCUCCCCUCAGCAUCACCCUCGCCUUGUCUCACCUGGCACUAGGAGCGGCGAGCGGCACGGAGCAGCGUGUGCUGGAGGCCAUGCGCGUGGCGGCGGUGCCCUGCGUGCACCAGGCGCUGAGCGGCGCGCGCGCGAGCCUGCCGGGCUCCCUGGCCGCGCGCCUCUACCUGCGCAAAGGAUUGGAGGUUAAAGAGAAGUUCCUGGAGGAUUCGGAGAAAUUCUACGGGGCCAAGCCGGUGACCCUCUCUGGGAACAGCGAGCAUGACCUUGUGGCCAUAAACAAGUGGGUAGAGGGGGCAACUCAUGGGCAAAUACCCACCUUCCUACGCCAGCUCCCUGCGGACACAGUGAUGCUCCUGCUCAGUGCUAUCCACUUCCAUGGAUUUUGGAGGAAUAAGUUUGAUGCUAGCCUCACUGGGCCAGACAUAUUCCACCUUGAUAACAAUUUCAUGGUCCCAGUUGAGAUGAUGAAAGCCCAGAAAUACUCCUUGAGCUGGUUUACACUGGAGUCCUUGGACAUUCAGGUGGCCAAGUUUCCCUUCAAGGGUAACAUGAGUUUCCUAGCCAUUGUACCAAACCAGUUUACUUGGAAUGUUUCUCAUGUGCUGGAGAACUUCCCUUAUGAACGACUACGCAGCCUCUUCCCCAAGGAGAUACCCACCACAGUGAAGAUACCCAAAUUAAAGGUGGACUAUCAUCUGGAACUCAACAAGGUUCUCAGCCAAAUGGGCCUCCAGGAGUUGUUCACAAACCCAGAUCUCCAGAAGAUCACAGAGGAACCUCUCUUUGUAUCCAGCAUACAGCACCAGUCCGCACUGGAGCUUAAAGAAGACGGGGUGGAAGCAUCGGCUGCGACCAGCAUCAUGUUGUCACGGUCACUCUCUGCCUUCAGCCUUGACCGACCCUUUCUCUUCAUUAUCUUUGAUGAAGAAACAGGCAUCCCACUUUUUAUAGGCAGCAUCCAGAACCCUAACCCCAGUGCUGCUCCCCAGAUGAAAGAGCCACAGGACUCGCACAAUGCCACAGAUGUCACUGAGUAUCCUAUGCCCAAAUAAGAGAGGAGCAGAGCCUAGGAGUUCCGGGACUGCUGCCCACCCGGCCCUUUGGACCAGCUAAAGAGGUGUCCUAUUGCUGUAGACCUCCCUUUAAGGCCAUGGAAGGUCUGGCUGUUUCCCUUACAGAUCCCUAAAGACCAAUUCCGGGAUAUCCCAUUCCAGCCUUGACAAGCUUCUCCUAGCUGGGUUCCCUCUGCUGACCUUGAAAAGCGUGCCUGGAUUUCCCUUCCAGGGCUCUCAGUCCUGAAGGGAGGCUCCCUUGUCCCCAGGCUCCUAUUAGUAACAUUAUUAGAUUCUUUUAACAUCCUUAUUAGACUCUUUUAGAGCCUUCCAUAGCCUGGAAUCUUCAUUAGCAUCUGGCAGCUUGGACAACAGCCAGAGAUAUUAAUAUUGCCCUUCCCUCCACGCUUCCUGCGAACAUGCUGCCUUCCUCAGAGUGUUCCUCUGAAAAUCGUGUCUCUUCGGACCCACAUAGAAAAUGAUCUUUGAAUGAACUGGACCAAUAGCCAGUUGUUUUCCUGGGGAUGAGUCACAGAUACUUCCAGGCACAGGCUCUUUCCAAAUAUUCCCCUCUCCUACUCCUUGGCUAGCGGGAUCUGUUGUGGGAAGGUCUCCAGUAAGAGGAACUCCUUUGCAUCCCUAUCUCUAGUCCUUUUCUUGAGAAACUCUAGGGUCUUG